AACAAUGCAUAUUUAUGUAAGCUGAGCUAAGUAGAUAGGCCUGACCUAAAGGCGGUGAAAAUAUAUUUGGCAGAAUUUAUCGAAAUUUAUCAUUUUUGCUUGAUUGAUGAUUUCAAGAGUAACUUAUCGAGGAAACAUCACCAAUCUGUUGCAUACCAUCUUUCCGCGAAUCUACACAACCAUAUAUCAGUCAAUUACCCACAAACUCAAAGGGUUUAUGCAAUGGGUAAAGCAGCUAAAACACGCAAGUUUGGUGCUGUAAGUAUCAUCUACAAGCAUUUCUCGUCCUCUUAUCGAUAGUCCGCCCACCAAUAUACUGACAUUUUCCCCAGGUCAAACGAGUAAUUGGACAACGAGAUGCUCGUCUAAAAGAAAACAAAGAUAAGGGAGAAGAAGGAGCCAAUAAACCAAAGGAGCUUGUUCGAGAAGCGUAUGUUUUCCUUCACUCUCCAUCCCCUCAGUUCAUAACUAAUGACGUAUCAUAGACCUCAAGUCUCUUCCGCCCUCUUCUUCCAAUACAACGAAGCUCUCGUCCCUCCAUAUUCUAUCCUCGUUGAUACUAAUUUCCUCUCUCACACCGUUCAACGAAAACUUCCUCUCCUCGAAUCUCUUAUGGAUUGUCUCUAUGCCAAAUGUAUUCCCAUCAUUACUUCGUGCGUCAUGGCCGAAUUGGAAAAACUUGGCCCUAGAUAUCGUAUCGCACUACGAAUUGCUCGUGAUGAGAGAUGGCAAAGAUUACAAUGUGAUCACAAAGGUGUUUAUGCAGAUGAUUGUAUUGUGGACAGAGUACAGAAGCAUAAGAUCUAUAUUGUGGCGACGAACGAUAGGGAAUUGAAGAGAAGAGUUAGAAAGGUUCCUGGUGUGCCGAUUAUGAGUGUGGCGAGGGGAAAGUAUGUUAUUGAGAGGUUACCAGAUGCUCCUGAGAAGUAAAUUCGCUAGGGACAUUGGUUAGGGUGGCUUGGGUAAUGUAUAUCCGGAAGUCUGGCGUUCAGGAAGGUGAUCAAAAUUACUUUAAAGAUAUUGGGAUUGGCUGAGGAAACAGCAUGGAACCUUGUAUGUUUGAGGUUCCCUCUUUAUUUGUGUGUGUCAUGAGAUAAUACUAUAAAGUACAUCUUAUUUU